UAUAGGGAACGAUAAAACAGCUAUAGGGCAGAUAUAGGGUGGAUAUAGGGCAGCUGUUGGGGCUAUAGGGGCUAUAGGACAGCCAUAGGGUGGAUAUAGGGCGGCUAUGGAGGCUAUAGGUUCUAUAUAACAGCUAUAGGGCGACCAUAAGGACUAUAGGGGUGACGUCGGUCUCUACAUGCGCCCCGUCCCUAUGCGUGGCCCUAUAUACGGCCCUAUAUACGGCCCAUAUGGGGCUCGGUAUCCCCGGUCCCCCCUCGCGCGACUCGCGUUUCCACCCGGACCGUUCCCCGCAAUGCACCACCGCUCUCGGCCAAUCGCGUCUCACCGAUGGCACUUCCGGUGCUCACGCCCCCUCUCUCGGCCAAUCGCGUCUUACUGAUGGCACUUCCGCUUCCGGCGUCCGUUUGCCCGUGCCGCCAUGCGCAGCGCUGCGUCGUUAAGGGUCGCGACCGCCGCUUACCGACGGGGAUACGGAAAUAAAGCGGGGAACGGAACGGGAAACGGCCCGAAAUACCGGCAGGGGCAGAGCCCGGCACCGCGGAGGAGAGAGUAUUUCUAUUGGGUGGAUGCGCACGGCAGGCUGUACUUGGAUGAUGCCAAAGUGAACUUUAUCACCUGCUUCAAAGACGAGCGUUUCCUCGCCUUCUUCUUCCACCGCCUGCAGCCCAACCGCAGCGGCCGCUACGAGGAUUCCUUCCCCUUCGUUUCGCCCUGCGGCGCCGAACGCAACUUUGUGCGCUGCCAGGACCUCCCUGUCGUCUUCACUCGGGUCCUGGAAGGGGAAAAUGGCGGCGGCUCGCUGCUGUCUUACUGCGGAGGAGGGAGUGCCUGUGCGCUCCCUUUUCAACCCGAAUCGUUGACUUUCGAUCCCGAAAACGGGAGGUUGUAUCAUCCGGGACCUGAGGGGGGCGGCGGGGUGGGGUUGGUGAAGUCGGCGCUGGUGGAGGAAUGGGGGGGACGGGUUUGAG